AGGGUUCCCCUUGGCCUACAAACAGGAACACAGGGUGUUUCUCAGUGGCUGUGAGAAUACUGAUGAAACUCCCCGGAUGUUGUGUCACCGUGGUGGGCGGCUGAUAGUGCCAAUCAUCCCACUUUGUCCUGGCCACUCCUGCAGGGGUAGAAGACUCCAAAACCUUCUCUCAGGUCCUUGGCUCAAGCAGCCCAUGGAACUUCAUAACCUGAGUUCUCCCUCUCCCUCUCCCUCCUCCUCUGUCCUCCCUCCCUCCUUCCCUCCCUCACCCUCCUCCACUCCCUCUGCCUUUACCACUGUGGGGGAGUCCUCUGAAGGGCUCUGCCACCCCACCUCUUCCUCGCUGGUGUCUGCUUUCCUGGCACCGAUCCUGGCCCUGGAGUUUGUCCUGGGCCUGGUGGGGAACAGCUUGGCCUUCUUCAUCUUCUGUGUCCACACGCGACCCUGGACCUCCAACACGGUGUUCCUGGUCAGCCUAGUGGCCGCUGACUUCCUCCUGAUCAGCAACCUACCCCUCCGCGUGGACUACUACCUCCUCCAAGAGAUCUGGCGCUUUGGGGCUCCUGCCUGCAAAAUCAACCUUUUCAUGCUGUCCACCAACCGCACGGCCAGCGUCGUCUUCCUCACAGCCAUCGCGCUCAACCGCUACCUGAAGGUGGUGCGGCCCCACCACGCGCUGAGCCGUGCUUCCGUGGGGGCAGCUGCCCGGGUAGCCGGGGGACUCUGGGUGGGCAUCCUGCUCCUUAACGGGCACCUGCUCCUGAGCACCUUCUCCGGCCCCUCCUGCCUCAGCUACAGGGUGGGCACGAAGCCCUCGGCCUCACUCCGCUGGCACCAGGCGCUGUACCUGCUGGAGUUCUUCCUGCCACUGGCGCUCAUCCUCUUCGCCAUCGUGAGCAUUGGGCUCACCAUCCGGAAUCGUGGCCUGGGCGGGCAGGCAGGUCCGCAGAGGGCCAUGCGUGUGCUGGCCGUGGUGGUGGCCGUCUACACCAUCUGCUUCUUGCCCAGCAUCAUCUUUGGCAUGGCUUCCAUGGUGGCCUUCUGGCUGUCUGCCUGCCGCUCCCUGGACGUCUGCACACAGCUCUUCCACGGCUCCCUGGCCUUCACCUACCUCAACAGCGUCCUGGACCCUGUGCUCUACUGCUUCUCUAGCCCCAACUUCCUCCACCAGAGCCGGGCCUUGCUGGGCCUCACGAGGGGCCGGCAGGGCCCAGUGACUGACGAGAGCUCCUACCAACCCUCCAGGGAGUGGCGCCACCGGGAGGCCUCUAGGAAGGCGGAGGCCAUAGGGAAGCUGGAAGUGCAGGCCGAGGUCUCUCUGGAAAAGGAAGGCUCCUCCCAGGGCUGAGGGCCAGCUGCAGGACUGCAGUGCUGUGGGGGUAAAGGUUGCCGCACUCUGGCCUGGAGGGACAAGGCCAGCACACGGUGCCUCAAGCAACUGGACAAGGGAUGGCAGCAGGCCAGGGUCCAGGCCAAAGCACUGGCAGGACUCAGGUGGGUGACAGGCAGAGAAACCCGCCUGGGCCCCUCAGUGUGUCCAGGAUGGCGUUCCCAGAAUGCAGAGGAGAGCAGGAUGCCAGGUGGAGGAGACAGGCAGGGCGCUGUGGGCAUGCCAGCUCAGACAGGGGCCUGCGCAGCUGCAGGGGCCAGAGGCCAAUCACUGUCACAGCAGAGUCGCCUUAGAAAUUGGACAGCUGCAUGUUCUGUGCUCUCCAGUUUGUCCCUUCCAAUAUGAAUAAACUUCCCUUCUAAAUACAUUUAUUUGCAAGACCAAA